AUGCUCGGGUGUAUAGGCACCUCGGCGUCAGUAGCCCCCCACUUCUUCUGUUUUGUCUCUCUGUUGCAUGCUGGCUUCCAUUGUCUCUAUUUUGGGGUGAAGGAGGCGUGCACCCCCGAGUGUUUGUGGGCUGAGAGAAAGCCGUUUGUGUUUCUUACGGUUCAGGUGACCUCACCUGAGGACCUGAAGGUAGACCUGAAAGAAGAAAGUUUAGACUUUGCAUGCAAAAAAGGAGAUAAAGCUUACUCUUUUCACAUUGAUUUUCCAGAGCCUAUUAACGUUGAGGAGAGCAAGUACAGCACGCAGCGUAACGUGCAAUUCAAGUUGGUGAAGAAAGAGGCAAAGAGGUGGCACCGGGUGUCUACAGCUGACAAAAAGAAGUUGCAUUGGUUGAAAUGUGAUUGGAAUAAGUGGGUAGAUUCAGAUGAAGAAGAAAACAGCAACAUGGAUAUGGGGGACUUCGAUAUGGACUCCAUGGGCUUCGGCGGCAUGGGUGGUAUGGGGGGUAUGGGGGGGAUGGGGGGGCUAGACCUUAGCUCUCUUGGUGGUUCUGGUGGUUUAGGAGAAAUGGGAGAUUUAGGAGAUUCAGAUGAUGAAGAUGAUCUCAAAGAUCUUGAUGCUCCUAUACCAGAAGACGAAGCAGAUGCAGCUGGCGCCGCUGCCGCUACUCCGGCUACUGAAGAGGGAGAGAAAAGGGGAGAGGAAACAGAAACAAAACCGCCAGCUACGGCGGAAUCAUGA